AGGCAGGGGCGGGGCCUCUGCACCCGGGCCGCCUCCUCUGGGUAUAAUCAGAACACUCUGGCUCAUGGGCUCCAACACGCCUCCCAACAGACAAGUGCCUCUGCAUCGCCCGUUCCUUUGGACCUCCAGUCUCCCCUCCUCUCCAAAUGGACCCCAACUGCUCCUGCUCCACUGGCAGCUCCUGCACCUGCGCUGGCUCCUGCACAUGCAAAGACUGCAGAUGCACCUCCUGCAAGAAGAGCUGCUGCUCCUGCUGCCCCGCGGGCUGUGCCAAGUGCGCCCAGGGCUGCAUCUGCAAAGGGGCGUCUGACAAGUGCAGCUGCUGUGCCUGAAGUCGGGGAGACCCUGCCCCACAUGUAGACAGAGCAACAUGGACAAGUCUGCAUUUAUUAUUUUUCAUACAACCUGACCUAAUGCUACAUUUCUUUCUCUGUGAAAUAUGUGAAUUAUAAUAAAAGUUGUGAGCUUUA